AUGGCCAGGCAUGAUUUCCAACUCUCCGCCCCUGCCCAGAGCGAAGCAGUGGAGCUAGCCGCCGAGGAGGGCCAUGACACGGACAUUCCAUCAAAUCUCGGCAUUAUCAAAGGCCCAGGAGCGGACGGCUUAGAUAAAGAGUUUGAUAUCGAGAAGUGCGAACUAUCGUCGCGCACCUCCCAGAGCGGCCCCAGUGACGAAUUCAACGCGCCGGCAGAAGCAGCUAACCCCAAUGUCAUCGGGUGGAACGGCGACGAUGAUCCGGAGAACCCAUUGAAUUGGCCAUCCAGCAAGAGAUGGGGAACAGUAGCAAUCGUUUCCAGCUUCACCUUCUUGACUCCGCUGGGAUCAGCAAUGUUCGCGCCUGGCGUGCCGCAGAUCAUGGAAGAGUUUGGCUCGUCGAGCGAGCUGCUGGCAGGCUUCGUAGUCUCUGUGUACGUGCUUGGGUUCGCAUUUGGCCCUUUAGUUGUUGCCCCUUUGUCGGAGAUGUAUGGCCGACUACCGCUUUAUCACGCCUGCAAUUGCCUCUUCAUAGUUUUCAAUGUUGCCUGCGCCCUCAGCACCAAUCUUGACAUGCUCAUCGCUUUUCGCUUCUUUGCUGGCAGCGUUGGCUCGGCGCCCCUAGCCUUGGGAGGCGGUACUAUCGCGGAUACGAUCUCAAGAGAGCAGAGGGGCACAGCCAUGGCCUUAUGGAUGAGCGGUCCAACUGUUGGGCCUAUAAUAGGACCAAUUGCGGGCGGAUUCCUUACCCAAGCGGCUGGCUGGCGCUGGGUCUUUUGGGUGACCGCCAUUGCGGCGGGUGUCAUUACUGUAGCGGGAAUCUUCCUCAUGAAAGAGACGUAUGGGUUGGCAAUCCUCAACCACAAGGUCGCGAGGUUGAAGAAAGAAACCGGCAACCCCCAUCUCAAGUCAUCGCUGGACAGCGGCCUUAGUCCGAAAGACCUCUUCCUCUUCUCCAUUAUCAGGCCUAGCAAGAUGCUCUUUACUUCACCGAUUGUCUUUCUUUUAUCUUUGUAUGUUGCUGUAGCGUAUGCGUACCUCUACAUCCUCUUCAGCACCUUCACGUCCAUUUUCGUAACCAACUACGGUUUCACGACCGGAACAGCCGGUCUCUCGUUCCUCGGCCUCGGAAUAGGGUCCAUCAUUGGUCAGGUGCUCACCACGGUCUGGGGGAAUCGGACUGCACAAAAACAUAUCCGGAAAGGUGACUUCGAGCCGGAGCACCGGCUGCCGUUGAUGUAUCCCGGUGCCGUCGCAAUGCCCAUUGGCCUUCUCUGGUAUGGCUGGUCUGCGGAGUUUCAGACGCAUUGGAUUGUACCGAUUCUCGGAACGGGAAUCGUUGGAUUUGGGCUCUUAAUGCUGUUUAUGGCGCCAAACACGUAUCUUGUCGAUGUCUUCACCUUGCAUGCUGCGUCUGCCAUGGCCGCUUGCACGGUAAUGCGGUCUGUCUUUGCCGCCGUGUUGCCGUUGGGCGGCCAGAAGAUGUACAACGCUCUGGGGCUCGGGUGGGGAAACUCAUUGUUAGGAUUCAUCGCCACGGCCCUAAUACCAAUCCCGUUCCUCUUCGUGAGGUAUGGCAAGAGAAUACGUACGAAGUAUCCAGUCAAUCUGUAG